GACGAGGUCUUUGCCAAAGCGCCUCCUUCCGAAGCGCCUUCCUGCCUGCCUCUCCCUCCCCAGGGUGGCCUUGACUCGCCUUUGCCGCUGCCUCGAGGCGCCUCCUGCCAUCCGUUGAAAUAGCAACAGAGAGACCGUUCCAUCUUUAAUAUAUCCACAAGAGUCAUUUGUGUCCUUUGAGGACGUAGCUGUGCUUUUCACAGAAGGGGAAUUGGCCUUGCUGGAUCCUGACCAGAGAUCUCUGAAUCAGGGAGUCAUGGAAGAGAUCUAUGGGACUGCGGCCUCUCAGGAAGGUGAUCUAUCUGAAACAGAAAAUAAUGGAGAACAAGAUGUGACAGAGACAGAGGGAAAAGGCAGCUGUACUGGAGAGAAACCAUACCGAUACAUGGAAUGUGAGAAGAACUUUGGAGAAAACUCCACCCUCUCUUCUCAUCAGGAAAUUCACCCGGAGGAUGAACCAUACCGGUCUUUUGAAUGUGGAAGGGACUUUGGAGAUGAUAGCCUUUCUCCUCCUCCUCCUCCGAUAAUUCCCACGAAGGAAAAACCUUACAACUGCAAGGAAUGUGGAAAGAGCUUCUCUCGGAAGUUACGUCUGACUAAUCAUCAGAGAAUUCAUACAGGGGAGAAGCCGUUUCAGUGCCUGGAGUGCGGCAAGUGUUUCAUACACAACUGCAGCCUGUCGUACCACAAGAGGAUCCACACCGGCGAGAAACCCUACAAAUGCUUGGAGUGUGAGAAAAGCUUCACUCGGAAGAUCAUUCUCACCAAUCAUCAGAGAGUUCACACCGGCGAGAAGCCGUACAAAUGUUUCGAGUGCGGAAAGAGUUUCACCCGGAAGGUGAUCCUGGCAAACCACCAGACGAUUCACUCCGGGGAGAAACCGUACAAGUGCUUGGAAUGCGGGAAGAGCUUCACUUUGAAGGUGCACCUUACCGCACAUGAAAGAAUCCACACAGGGGAGAAACCCUAUAAAUGCCUGGAGUGCGGAAAGAGCUUCAGUCGGAACUCCAACCUCGCUUACCACCGGAGAGUCCACACGGGGGAGAAGCCCUAUAAAUGCCUGGAGUGCGGAAAGGGCUUCAGAAACAGCACGAACCUGACUUACCAUCAGGAAAUCCACACCGGGGAUAAGCCGUAUAAGUGUUUGGAGUGCGGAAAGUGCGUCAGACGGGCGGCGGAUCUCGUCAACCAUAAGAAAAUCCACACCCAGGAGAAACCCCAUAUGUGCUUGCACUGCGGGAAGUGCUUCACUCUGAAGAAUUACCUCAGACGUCAUCAGAGAAUCCACACGGGAGAGAAACGGUAUAAAUGUUUUGAGUGCGGGAAAUGCUUCACGGAGAAGACCACGCUCACGAAACACCACCGAACUCACACAGGGGAGAAACCGUACGAAUGCAUGGAGUGUGGGAAAACCUUCACACAGAGCUACUCUCUCAGCCUCCAUCAGAGAAGUCACACCUCCAUGUUUGGAGUGUGGGAACAGCUUUCUUCGCAGCUCCAGCCUUUGUUCCCGCCACAGAAUCCGUACAGCGGAGAACCGAUAUAGAUGCUUGGAAAUAGCUUCAAGAAAAGUCUCGCUUUCCCAUCAAAUACUUCCCGGAGCAGAGAAACCAUAGAAAUGGUAGCAGAGACCUUACGAAGAAGCAGAAACUUCAGUAAUCAAAGGAUAGACAGUUGGGGGUUGAGAUUAUAUUAAAGCUUUGGAGUGCGGGAAAAGCUUGGGUAAGAAUUCUCAAAGGAUAGGAUCCAUAUAAAGGCCAGAAAAAUUGAAAUCCUUCCACCACAUUCAUCUUCCCAACUCCCCCUCAGCCACCAGAAAAUUCAUGUAGCUAUCAGAUUUUGACUGUCGGUGCUUUGAAGCUGCAAAGAGCUUCAGAAAGUUUCAGCCUUACCUGGCGUUAAAGAGUUCUCGCAGGGAGGAAACCAUAUAAACGCAUGUGAAAACGAGGACUUUGAUUUGCAAGAUGUCGGUGACCAAACAGGAUCCAAGAAGCUAAAA